CCAUUCAACCGUCCCGUCCCGCCGUCCUACCCUAUCCUCUCGCGUUUUCUUCACUGAACCCUUUUCCCUCUUGCCUUUCUAGAACAUCUUCACUUUCUCUUAACCCCUUCUCUCCACCGAGUCCUCUUUCUCCCCUCCUCCGUUCUCUCGUCUGCUCCUCCACCUCCACUCCACUCCGCCUACUUCCGCACCGGCGUCGUUCCGCUUCCUGCACGUUAAUUAAGCCCUUUUCCGCCCUGGCGAUCGCUCCACCCUUUCUCUUCCGUAUGGGCGGCCGUUUGGAGAUUGGAGAUUCGAGGUACUCGCAGGGCCUUCAUCUAAACAACAUGCGACCUACGACGGGUUAGAAAGGAGGAAGAGGAAAACACCGCCAAACUCUGCGCAACCAGGGGAGGGGGUGAUCCCAUGGAACCCUAUGAUGGCUCAUGGAACGAUGCCUCAUUCGAAGCCCCGUCGCGCCCGCGCCGAAUGUCGAUGGAGGAGGACUUCUUCUACCGCGAACUCAUGACACAGCGGCCAGCCAAGCCGCCCAGCUAUGAGACAGCGACAAAGCAGCCAUACCCGCGGCAUCCGGGUGCAGAGGACGAAUCGUCAAGCAGGGUGCAGCCAGACGUAUUACCAGACUACUCGUGCGACGUCCAUAUCGAGGGCGUCUUUAUGCGCAAGAUGGAGAUAGAGGAUACGAUCAAGAGGGCCGAGUAUCGAAACUGGCACAUGGUCUACGUCGAGCUCCGCGGAACCGCCCUGAAUAUUUACCAAGUCAAAAAGGACCGCGCUUGGUGGUCGGUCAAAACCGACGGCCCGGGCGUCUCGCCGGAUAGCCCACCGUGGGUCAGGAAGGCCUCGUUGGACAAGGCUUAUAGCCUGUUGCACGCGGACGCCGGUAUCGCAGCCGAUUAUAGGAAACGACGCUAUGUCAUCCGCGUAAGGGCAGAGUCGGACCAGUUUUUGCUGUCCUGCAUCGAGCUGGGGACGUUUGUCAACUGGCUCGACCAUUUGUUCGCCGCCAUCGGGGUCGCCGCCCCGAUAGACGAGCGGGACUUCCCCAGAGAUCAGAGCAUACCCCGGGUCCAAAGGAUACGCUGGCUGAGGGGACAACAUCCGCAGCAGCCCGCGGAUAACGCGACCGCGUUCCAGCGCCUCGACGCCCGACGGCAGAGUGUGGCUUCCAGCGCCGGCAGCGAUCGGAGCGUGGCCGGCAGUAUCGCCAAUCCAGCAGCGAUCGCCUUCGGACCGGGCCACCACCAGCAACCGAUCCAAGAGGAGGCGGACGGGGCGCCGACGAUAGGGCCGUCGAGGACGGGGCAUCCCGUGAUGGGCCGGUUAUCGACGUCGUCGUAUCCGAACGAGGCGGUGGACCCUGACACGGGCAAGUGGGCGCCACGGAACGCGUGGACGUCGAGGCACGACCACCUCUACGCCAAGCUGUGUUUCUCGGUCCUGCUGUUCAAGAGCCCGCGCAAAUCCAACUACAUCAUCGCAAAGGGGAAGCAGUGGUACGUCGACUGGGCGAGUGGGCGCAUGGUGCGGGUCCUGCCGCCGACGUACGGCGAGAUCGAUUCGUUCGGGCCAUGGCAGGUGAUCAUGCCCGAGAACAGGCUGAUCUAGAGGAGACGCGGAUGCUAUGGGUGUGGUUUGGGAGCAUGAGGAUACUUGCAUCUUCGCAUUGGGUGGAGACCAAAAGAGCGUAUCGCUAAGGGUCUGGGCUGGAGUUCAUGGCUGCAUCGCGGGUACAAGGUACUGGACUGUUAUUA